AUGAAUUCAUCACCUGGAAACUGCAAGUGUGGAGAAACACAAUAUGUAAAAAAUUCAAAUCCUGUAACUUGUUCAAAUUGUCAUGCUUCCUGCCAUUCAUGUGCUUGGAAAGGGCCUAGUCAAUGCAUAACUUGUAGUGAUUCUUCAUUAAUUAUUGCAUCGCCUCCUGGAAGCUGCACUUGCAGCACUUCGCAAUAUAUCAUGUAUAAAAACCCUUUUACUUGUGGAACUUGUGAUAGCUCAUGUUCAACUUGUUCUGGACCAACUGCUAAUGACUGUUUAUCAUGCACAGAUUCUGCAGUAACUCUUUCAUCAACUCCAUCAAGCUGCAGUUGUAAAACUUCACAAUAUACGAUUUCUCAAAGCCCUUUAACCUGUGGGAAUUGCGAUAGCUCAUGUGCUACAUGCUCUGGCUCUGGAUCAAACCAAUGCUUAACUUGUGUAGACUCAUUAAUCACAGUCUCAUCAUCCCCUGGAAGCUGUACUUGUAGUGCUUCGGAAUAUAUUAUUAAUAAAAGCCCUUUAACUUGUGCAAGCUGCCAUAGUUCUUGUGCUAGUUGCAGUGGGCCAUUAAACACUGAUUGCUAUACUUGCAUUGACCAAGCAGUUUCAAUUUCUAAUCCCCCAGACUCUUGUAGCUGCUUGUCUAAUCAGUAUAUAAUUACAAAUCAUCCUUUAACUUGUGGGAACUGCUACUGGUUAUGUGCAACUUGCUUAGGAAAGGCUAGAAACCAAUGUCUUACAUGCUCAAGUUCUGAACUAAUGCUUUCUAAUCUUUCAGGAGCUUGCGAAUGCCUCCCUGGGAAAUAUACUAAUUCACAAUGAAUAUAUUACUGUGUGAAUACAAGAAAAAGACAGCCAGUAUGGAUGCUUAUAUUUUUUAUUUGGUAGGUAUAUAUGCUUCAUGAAAGCCCUAUUGACUGCGGAGGUACUUGUGAUUCAUCUUGCUCAACCUGCAUAGGGCCCAAUGAAGAUCAAUGCUUGACAUGUAAAAAUUCUUCAAUAACCCUGAAUAAUAUACCAGGAAAGUGUUUUUGCAAUAGUUCACAGUAUGUGAUAUCUUAUUCUCCCCUGAUUUGCGAAAAUUGCAAUUCAGCUUGUUUAGAAUGCUCAGGGUCAGGCGCUGGUGACUGUAUAUCUUGUAAAAACUCCUCAAUAACUCCCAGCGCCAAUCCAGGAUACUGCAGCUGCCUAACGUAUGAAUAUAUACUUUCAGCUUCCCCUUUACAUUGUGAUCUUUGCCAUAACUCAUGCGAAUCUUGCUCAGGUCCAUAUUAUAAUGACUGCUUGACUUGCAAAAAUUUAACAAUUUCGCCUAGCCCAGAUGGGCAUUGUGGUUGCAAAGAAAACGAGUAUAUAAUUUCUGUAUCCCCUUUACUUUGUGGAUCAUGUGAUCUGAGCUGCAAGACAUGCGUUGGCCCUAAAGCAAAUCAAUGUUUAUCAUGUUCAGAAAUUAUUUUAGACCAACCUUCUUCAUGCAGGAGCUCUAAUAACUCAAGUGGCUUAUCAACUUUUUCUAUGACAAUCAAAAAUAGUGGAAUCGCUGCAUCUGCUGGCCUUAUUAUUGCUGGAUUUUUCGAAUCAAUUAUAACAGGGAAAUCUGGGUCUCUUUGGACUUAUGUUAAUAUAGUCCAGGUUUUAGCUUUUAUUCCAUUACAAAAUAUUGCUAUUCCAGACAAUCUUUUUCAAUUUUGAAAAGCUUUUCUUUCCUACACUUAUUUGCAUAAUACUGGGAAAUAUAUUUUUGGAGAAAAUAAAAUGAAGGAGCUGGAGCCGAUUGAAAACUUUUACAAGUAUGGAUAUGAAAGCAGUUCAUUUCUAGUUAAUAGUGCUGGAAUGCUUUUAAUUUCUAUCGUUGUAAUAGCUUCAUGGACCUUAAUUUAUUGCUUAUCAUUUAUUCCUAACUCAGCCAUUCAUAGUCAAAUAAAAAAGCUAUUGGAAAAAUUCAAAUAUAAUAUCCUUCUUCGGCUUUGAAUAGAAAUAUAUAUUUUAUUGAUGGCUGCUGCAGUUAUUGGAAUAAAUCAUUUUUCAUCUAAAACUAGCCGUACUAUUUCUGAUACGAUCUUUGCUUAUAUUACCUUUAUUUCUGGAUGAAUAAUUACUUUUAUUCUCAUUUUUUUGUUGUAUAUAAUCCAACUCAAAAUUUUUAACAAAUCUAAAAAAAUGAAACGCAAAUAUGGCUGCUUGUUUAAAGAAUUCAAAUUCAGUAAUAAUUAUAUUGAGCUGCUCUAUUAUCCAAUAUUUUUAAUUCGAAGGCUGAUUUUUGUAAUAAAUCUCUAUGAUUUAGCCUGAAUUCCAGUAGUCCAAUGAGUUGUAAAUGUUUUGCACUCGUUUUGUAUCGUUUUUUUGUUAUUGAGACAUUGCCAUUUCAAAAAUAAAGAAACUCACUUUUUAAAUGUCUCUGGAGAAGCUCUUGUCACAUUUUCUUUUUUGCUAACAGGACCUUAUUUAUUGGAUUUACCUUAUAUUAUAGACAAUGCAAUUCAAUGUGCAGUGCUCUGCGCUACUUAUCUUUAUUUAAUAGCUAGCUAUUAUUUUUUGGUUAUAAAAACUUACAAUUUAAUAAAAGCAUGAAGAAGCAGAGAUAAAAUUUAUCCUGAACUAGCGAUGAAUGCAGCUGUUUCAGUCGAUAAUGAUAUUAUAACUAGUGGGAGGCUAAAAGAAGCUUGCACUGUACCUCAUAAUUCAUUGGAGAGUGAUUUGUACCCACUAGAUAGCGACAAUCAUUCACCACAAUAA